AUGAGCAGUGGCACCACGCGACCAGAGGCGGCGAUGGCACCUGUGUCGGUGCAACUUACACCGAUCGUGCCGAUCCGGGUGUUUGACGCGCAUGGCGAAUACUUUGACACAGAGAUGGACAUCGAUGCGCCGCUGCGCUCGUUGCAGCUUGCGAUCGAGGAUUACUUCAAGGUGAAGCCGGAAGUGCAGCUGCUCCUACACAACCGGCAGCAAGUCUACGCAGACCGUUCGCUGCGUGACAACGGGUGUCUGUUACUGAAAGGAGAUCCCUACGUAAGACUUGUGUGCCUCUUGAAGCGCGGCCCAGUACUGAACCUGCAGUGCGAGGUGGGGCCUGUCACCUACGUAGUCGCCUGUCACGAGACGGCGACGGUGUGGGAGGUAAAGAAGAUGCUGUGCGAGGAGAUGGAGCGGCAGCAGCGACGCGCAGCGCCCGCUGACGUGGCGUCGCGCCGGCUGACGUGCGGGCCAGAGCGGCUGCGUCUGCUGUGGCGAUACAUGGAGCUCAAUGACAAGGCCACCUUGCACUACUACCGCAUCUUCACGAACGCGGUGCUGCACGUGAUGCACCGCCGGCGAGCCUCGGCGCCGUCCGCCGCGGCCACCUUGAGUCCGUCAAGCCCCGUCUCGCUGCCCAACCGCACCGUUAUAGCGCAACAGCCAUCCACAAAAGCGCGGUGGCAGCGACCCCACGCAGCGCUUGCGUCGCCCAGCAGCGCUGCCUACGUACCUGAAGUACAGGCGGCUCACAGCCCUGCAGAGGGGUGCAACGAUGUUUUUGACGCUGCCGCAAGACCUUGCCGGGCGUUACCGAUGGUGUCGGCGUACACGCCGCCGCCGCCGCUGGCCACGUGCGCCGGGUCCGCGCUGGGCGCGGCCCAUCAGCAGCACCACGACCCCCUCACGAGCUCCGAGGUGGUGACCUUGUCGCUUGCUGUGCGCUCGCUCGAGGCCCAGCUGCAGGCUCUGCAGCUGGAGCAGCAGCAGGUGGAGCAGUACCAGCACUCCCUCACCGCCUACCAGCGCGGCAGCCUCGCCGACGCCCAGCAGCGCAUCCUGGAGUUGGAGGAGACGGUGAAGCGCUUCCACGCGCUUCUGCAACGCGCCGUAGCGCUCAUUCCUGCAGCGGCGUGA